AUGAUUAUCGAACGCUAUGACCUCGAUUAUUUGACCACGCUAUUCGAGAACUGCCGUGCCCUUGAUAAGCUCACCCUGGCCAUCGGACCUGGACCCAACACAUACUUCAACCUCGUGGAAGCGGACUUCAAAGAGUGCUUGCUACUGCCAGGCACCCAACACGACGCCACCAGGCGUGAUGAUCAGACGUUCUUGCGACUGCUCCACGCCCUCGAUACCAGCGGAAGAGAGAUCAAGCAUAAGAAUCUUGCGGAGAGAGUGAUGAGCACGCUCGAGACCCUCCAGCUCCAGCUCACCACACACCUCAGCGAUGAUGGCUUCAUGGGCGACUAUUUCGACAGGCGACAUCAAGGGCUAAACAUGUGGCUCAAGUCAGCCUCGCGACUCCGUACUCUGAGGCUGAGCAUGCCCGACUCGGGGGAUGAACUGAGUGUCCAGAUUGAGGAGAUUAUCAAAGACACGACCUGGCCCGAGCUACAAGAGCUGAGCUUAUCGGGUUUCGACACCACCGAAGGCGAAUUAGUCGACCUCCUAUUGUGUCACAAGAGAACUCUACGCCUGCUGUCCCUUUCAUGCAUCUACCUCCAUCACGGCACCCGGAGCCGGACUUGGACUCGACUCGCCGGGACGCUGCCCGAGUUGCGGCACAAGGGUUUCUUUGCCCAGGGGGAGACGAUCAAUGCUCACAGAGACCACGUCGAAGACAUUACACUCAACGGAGGUGAGGUAGUGGAGAUGUAUGAGGAAGGGUACACGGGCAUUACUCAAGCAUAUAUGAAGCUGCUUGAGGAUGGGCACGAUGGGCGAUACCCCGAGGACGUGCCCGGAUACUCUCCACCCUGCGAGGUCGGGACACCCGGCACGUACGAUGACGACCUCGAGGGAUUCUACGAUUUCUGUUGA